AUGACUGAUAUCCCCAUCACAUUUGAAAAUUCACCAACUCUACAUGAGCAAUAUCAACGUGACUUAUCUAGUGAACACAGCUCCAUAGCAAAACAUAAAGCUAAUCAACAGCCGCAUCCGUUUCCUCAAAUCGACCCAAAGAGAAAUGGAAUUCUUCGUCUAAAGAAUAGUACUUUGCAUUUGAAAAAUGGGAACUUACCACAUUCUGUUCAACGGAACGAGUCACCUACCUCAACAGAUUCAGCAGCGGCUACAGCCAGAAGACGAUCUAAUUCCAAAUCACAGGUUGUGAAUAUUCCCACUAAGCCUAAAACUACUGCUUCUACUGCCUCCUCCUCAUCAUCAUCAUCAUCAUCAUCAUCAUCAUCAUCAUCAUCAUUGUCGGCGUCAUCGGGAGCAGAAGUAGGAACGGCAAAUGCUUCUUCAUCAAGGGUUGCUACAUCAUCUCCCUUAUCAUAUAUUCAACCAAAAAAACGGAAUCAAGUGCAAUAUUACGUGACUUUAUUACCACUCAAUGAUACAUUUACGAAAAAACAUCUCCCAGUGGCCACGUAUCCAGAAACAACGAAAUUGGGUCGACCCACAGGAACAAAAUAUAAACCGGAAGUGACUAAUGGUUACUUUGACUCAAGAGUUUUGAGUCGAAACCACGCGCAAAUAUAUAUAGACCUGACUAAUGGCAAGAUGAUGUUACAAGAUUUAGGUUCGUCCAAUGGUACUUAUUUGAAUGACGUGAGAUUAAAUAAAGAGCCAACCGAAGUAAAAGUUGGUGAUAUAGUAUGUCUCGGAUUUAAUGUCCAAGCUGAGUCAACUCAUAAACAAAUUAGCUUAAAAGUUGAGAAUUUGAGCUUGGUCACAAACACGCCAUCUAGUUUAGCAAUGCGAGCACUGGGUAUAGCAAAUACUCAGUUUGAUACCCCUGAAUUCAAACAUUUGGCAUUUGUUGAGGAGAUUUAUCGGAAAAUUAACGCAGAAGUGGAUAUCAAAAGUGGGACAAAGAAGAAUGACGGGAACGGUAAUGGUAAUGGAAAUAAAGAAGAGUGGAACAAUGAACAUGGAAAUUUUAAUAGUGCAACAAGAAACCGUCACGACAAAGUCCGGAAUAUUGACAAGCGACUAAGUUUCGAUAGUGCUAUGUUUGGAGAUGUGAAUUCUGAGUUGGAAGACGAUCUUUUGGGGCUUUUUUCCACCGAAAAUUCAGGGAUUUAUAAUAAUUCGCAAGUAACAAACACCAGUACGUUGGAAAAUGUUAUCACCCUCUUGGCUUUGAGCUCUACCCAAGUGAAACAGCAGACCUCGGCACUUGAUUCAAUUCAAUCUUUUCUCACAAACUACAAGCGGGACUUGGAUAGUUUGAACAAAAAGCAUUUAGAAGAACAGCUCAACAUCAAGUGGAGAGUAUUUGAAGGCCAAUUGCAAGAAGAGAGAACCCGCAAUGAAGAAUUGAAAGCGCAACUAGCACGUGUGGAACAGAAAAAUUCUAAGCGAAUAGUACAACUUGAAGAAAAGGUGCAAGCUGUAGAAAGUGAAAAGGCAGACCUUUAUGAGGCCAGAGAGGUACUAAAACUGAGAGUAGAAGCUUUGGAAGAGCAGCACGACUCUGAUGCACAAAAAAUCAAGGAGCUUCAAUUGGAGUUGAUCAAUGCAAAACAACUGCAAAGAAAGGAAAUAGAAACAAAUUCGAAGCAUAUUUAUAAUAAUGAUGGAAAAUCUACAAAGGAAGAGAUGUACAACAAGGAGGAUGACACAAAUGGCAAAACAAACGAUCAUUCUAUAUACAACCACGGUGACAACGAUGCUGACAGCAACAAUGACCAUACAGGGUUUUCGGAUGCUACAAGCUCGCAUGAUAUAGUAUCAGAUGCAAUUAAUGGCUUUAUACAAGACCUUUCAAGAACGCCUUCAGUACGUGAUAACUUAAAGUGCUUUGAAGGUCAAGGUGCGAAUAAGAAUACCUCGUUGAUGAAAGAGACUAUAGAAUUAACUCCUCCGCUGUCUGAUGAGGAGAUAAGCGAUUCAGAAGAACAUGAUUCUGUAAGACAUAAUCCCGGCAGCAGAAUUAUACGAGAGCCACGUAAAUCGUCCAGAGAACUAUAUUCUGAGAAUUUAUCUUCUUCUUCCAUCAUUACUACGCAUUGUCUUCCCGGAGACGUUGAACCGUUUCCAAAAGUUGAGGAUUCUUCAUCAUCGUCAUCAUCUCGACUGACUCAGUCUGAUGUUGCAAUGUCAAAUGUGAGUUCGACUGCAAUGCAUUCUUCUAAUAGUGGACUUACUGGCUCGAAAUUAUCACUUAUUAAAUUGUCACCCCAGGAUAAGCAACGAGUGCUGACUAUGGUGAUUGCUAUGUCUGCAAUGUUGAUUGGUUUCUACUUGCAACGAUUGGUUAAUUAG